AUGGACUAGUUACAAGUUGCAUUCUUUUUGUACUUUCUUCUCAAUCUAACUAAAAAAUUCCCUCUCUUUUGCUCUCCCUUACAAGCAAAAUGGGUUUUUCACUGCUGAUACUUUGAACCCUUUUGCUCUUCAGUUUUGCAAAAAACUUAGAAUGCCUUGGCUUUUGUUUCUUUUCAUGUUGCGCUAAAGCAAGACAUCUAAAACUCACUCAUCUUUCUCAGUUCUCUGAAUUUUUCAUGCUAAAAUGUCAAUGCCACUAAGCCAGCAACCACCGCCGGUGACUAUAGCACAGGAACCUCUCCACAUUCACUCAACCCACGGCUCAGUUGGCCCGGUUAUUGCAGUACUCGUGAUGAUCGUGAUUUUAGCUGUAGUCGCUGUUAUGAUCGGAAGGCUCUGCUCAGGGAGGAGAAUCUUGGGUUAUGGUCAUCAUGAUAUGGAGAGUUGGGCUGAGACAAAAUGCUCUUCUUGCAUUGAUGGAACGAUUGUGGUUGCCACAUCUGCUCCACCGCCACCGCCGCCGCCUGCUCAAACUCAUCAAGAAACCAAGCAGGAAGAACAGUCUCCUCAAUGACCAUUUGAUAAUCUUAUUCUUCUCGAUCAUGGGGUGUUUUUUCUUGGAUGUGGCAGCUCUCUUUUGAGUUCCCAUUCUCACAUCACUAUUGUUGAUUAACUGUUUGCUUCCUACUCUUAGUGUAUUCAGCCAUUGUUGCUACUGUACAUUUUGAGAUGAAGUUUUCAUGAAUGUUUGUUAGGUGAUGGGCUUAAACCAAAAUGAAUCUUGGAUUUCAUUUUUCUUU